AUGGACACAUGUGCGCGCGUCAGCUUUCCUGACAGCACCAUGAUUAAGAUCCAGCCGAAGUGGCGUUACAUUUUCUUGUUCCUGCUCAUCCAGCUGCUGGUCACGGCUCUACUGUCCUGCAAGGAACACAAGGAGUGGCUGAAGAACGCCUUCAACAUCUUCUGCCAAGGAGACGGAGAAGACGUGUACGCCAACCUGCCCCAUGUCCCCCGGGAUCACACAGGUGGACCGGUUCUGUCCUACUGCCCCGUGAUGUCCCCUCUCAUAGUUGGACCGAUCCGUGUCAGGUUCUUUUCGCCGCCCAGUCUGGAUUAUGUGCAGAGGAAGAAUCCCCUGGUGGUGAAAGGAGGAUAUUACAAGCCUCCAGACUGUGAGGCCCGGCAUCGAACCGCCGUCAUCAUUCCCUUCAGAGGCCGAGAACAUCACCUCAAGUUCCUGCUCUACUACCUCCACCCUUUCCUGCAGCGACAGCAGCUCAACUAUGGGAUUUAUGUCAUUCAUCAGGCCGGAAACUACACGUUUAACCGAGCCAAGCUGAUGAACGUGGGCUUCAGUGAAGCCAUGAAGGACAAAGAGUGGGACUGUCUCUUCUUCCACGACGUGGACCUGGUUCCUCUGGACGAUCGGAACCUGUAUGCGUGCGACUCCAACCCCAAACACGCAGCCAUCGCCAUGGACAAGUUUGGCUACAAUCUUCCCUAUGACACGUACUUUGGAGGCGUGUCAGCCAUGACUCCACUGCACUACUUAAAAAUAAACGGUUUCCCCAACAACUACUGGGGCUGGGGGGGUGAGGACGAUGAUAUCGGGCUCAGGGUGACUCUGGCAGGGAUGAGCCUCAGUCGUCCAUCAUUGCGGAUCGGCCGCUACAAGAUGAUCAAACACAGGAAGGACAAAGGAAACGAGGAUAAUCCAGAGAGAUUAAAGCUGUUGUCUAAGACGAAUGAGACGUGGAAGUAUGACGGGAUGAACACGGCUCAGUACCAGAUCAUCUCAAGAACAUAUCUGCCACUCUACACCAACAUCACCGUCAACAUUGGCACCGCAGGAGGUCUGUACUGAUGUCCUACAGCCAGUCCUACAGCCAGACCUACAGCUGGACCUGGAGCCGCACCUGCAGCCAGACCUGCAGCUGAUCCUGCAGUCGGACCUGCAGCCGGACCUGCAGCCAAACCAAACCUGCAGCCAGACCUGUAGCUAAAGCCCCACCUACUGUGACUUCAACACGACCAAACCCGCUCUUCUGACUCCACCCACUGCCUGAUUUUGAAAAAUGCCAAAGAAGUGGGCUGAGUGAGCGAGUGACUUUGUGAGGGAGCGGUGCUUUAUGUUGUUCAAAAAUAAAUCGAUCAGACUGAAUGUUGGUGAGCUACAGCUUUUCUUAAAGUACAGUAUUUUAGAGUGCAUUUACAGUGUAGUUUAA